GGUGACAGAGGAAUGCCUGGUGAAACAGGUCCUCCAGGACCCAGAGGCAAGGCUGGAAUUAAAGGAGAACGGGGUCCCACUGGAAUCCCAGGUCCUCAGGGUGUUCCUGGAUUUAAAGGUGAUAAGGGAUUCCAAGGGAAAACAGGACCCAAAGGUGGUGUUGGCGACCCAGGAGUGCAGGGACUGGAUGGUGACAAAGGUGAAAAGGGAGACUCAGGGGAGCCUGGAGUGAAGGGACAGCAAGGUGUACCAGGGGAGCCAGGGUACAGGGGCCCACCUGGUAACCCAGGAGAGCCAGGAGCACAGGGUCGAAUGGGAUUGCCAGGCCCUCGAGGUCCCAAUGGAGAGCGCGGUGUUACUGGAUCGACUGGUCGUCAGGGGAUCGCUGGGCGUGAUGCAGGGGAUCAGCAUAUUGUUGAAGUUGUCUUGAAAAUGAUGCAAG